CAUUCGAACACUUUUGAGCCCACGAAAAACAAGUUUUUUUAAAACGUCCCAACAGCUUUAAAGAACCGUUUUCAGAAUCGAAGGAAACGCUCUCUAUGUGUAGCGGAACUUAUCACUGCGUUGGCAUCGUAUCAUUUUUAGGACAUUUUUGAACUGUUAUGAGGCGAGAAUGAAUAAUUCGGAGGACAGCGGAAGCAAGUGCUCGCCUGCCCCCAUUUCGAGCUUCACGAUCCAGUCUAUUCUGGGCACCUCCACCGAGGGAGUCCGGUCAGCUGGAAAGGACGGUCCGAAAGCGCCGGCGAGGAAGCGGACGUUGUCCGUGUCUUCGGAGGACGACUGCAGCGCCGGGGAGGACUCGGGCGACUGCUACUGCUCUGAGCCCGGCGUACCAGAGUCCUGCAACCCGCACCAGCCUCUCAACUUCUCCUGCCUCGGUGCCGCAAAGGGACUUCUACCUGCGCAAGAUGGGAUCGACCGCCGGCCGCAUUUGACACCGUCCAUACUACCGGAUUACAAAGAGGAGCAGGAGCGAGCGUGUAGCCAAAUGUCUCCCGUUUCUGAAGAGAGACAACGUGAUGGCCCGGACAAACAGAGCAGCUCCGCCAAGAAGAAGACGCGCACGGUUUUCUCUCGGAGUCAGGUUUAUCAGCUCGAGUCCACGUUCGAUAUGAAACGCUAUUUGAGCAGCUCCGAGAGAGCCUGUCUCGCCUCCAGCCUGCAGUUAACGGAGACACAAGUGAAAACGUGGUUUCAGAACCGGCGGAACAAAUGGAAACGGCAGCUCUCUGCGGAACUGGAAGCCGCGAACAUGGCGCACGCGUCCGCGCAGACUUUGGUUGGGAUGCCCCUCGUUUUCAGAGAAAAUUCGUUGCUCCGGGUGCCGGUUCCGAGGUCCAUCGCUUUUCCUACCCCUCUCUAUUACCCUGGAAGUAAUUUACCAGCUUUACCGUUAUACAAUCUUUACAAUAAGAUUGAAUAUUAACUUUUGCGACACACUAUUACACACUAAAACGUACAAAACACACAUUUAACUAUGUUUGACAAAAUUCAUGUCUAUUUAUACCUCUUUAUUUGGUGAAAAAAUAUAUUUCUUAUUAUGCAGCAAUUAAACGAUUCUAUGUGUAAAACACAAAAGCAAAGCGGUUCUGUACAUGUCCUAUAAAAUACACCAUGUGUAUAAUGAUUAUUUUGUACUUUUAUUUACAUUUAUGUCCCCAGAUUAACCAGUUUUACACGUUAUGAGGAGUGAAAACGUUGAAAUAAAAGCGUAACCAGUCGAUUCCUGUCUCUAAAAUGAAAACAAAAGAUUAAAAAAACCCUUUCAAUAAUAAUAAUAUAACAAU